AUGACGACGGAUUUUUACGAUUCAUUAGAAGAUUUAACGAGUAAUAAAUUUUUUUCAACGGAUUAUAUAAAUUACCCUUAUAUUAAUCCCGAUCCAUUAAUCGAUAAUAAUAAUGAUAAUGAUAUUGAUAAUGAUUUGAAUAAGUGUCAAGAUGAAUAUAACGAUUAUUAUGGCGACGAAAGUUCUCCGGAUUCAUAUGCUUGUAAUAAUGAUUGUGAAAAACUUUCGGAAAAAUCAAUGGAUUGUUUUUUACCUAAAAUCGAAAAAAAAGACGAAUAUAGAAAUUUACUUUUUCAAAAGAAAAGAAUAUAUAAAGAUACGACGGCAUUCAGACAACAAACAAUAAGAAACGCGAAUAAAAAUAAAUCGUUUGUAUCAUCGUCGACGGUGUCGCCAUCAUUAGUCAAAAAUGACGAUAAGAAAAAAAUUAAAAAAGAAAAUCAAUUCCUCGAAUCGUGUUUUGAUAAAUAUUUAGAAGAAGGAUCGAAUUAUAAAAAAAAUACAAAUCGUACUAAUAGUAAUAAUAAUUUAACGGAUGCUAUGAAAAGAAUACUUUUGGAAAAACAUAAAGAAAAUUCGGAAAGGAAAUAUUUAUUGAAUAAUUUAACCGGAAGUAGUACGAAUAGUUUGACGAGUCGUAAAACGACGGAUUCGAUAAAAUUACCCAAAGUAAUUGAAAAUAAAAAAACAAUAAAUAAAAGUUUUAGUAACAAACUACAAACGAGUGAAAAAAAUUAUAAAAUAAAUCCCGUGAAAGUAAACGUCGAUACAUCGAAAUCGAUAAAUCGAUAUAAAUCCGAUAUUUCUGUAUAUUCGACGAAAAAUAAUAAUUUAACGUAUUUUGAAAAACAUUUAAAAGAAACCGGAUAUAAUCCUUUAUUUUUAAGAUACGAUUAUAAAAAAUGUUUGUCGGAUACAAACAGAUCAAAUUUUGGCGAUUCCAAUCUCGGUGAUUUACCGGAAAUAUCGAACAGAACUUUUCCAACAUCGUCAUCGAAAUAUGGCGGCGACGACGACGACUUGAAAAGUGCUAAAAUAACAGUUUCCGAUAGCAAAAGCAACUUGAAAAUAAUCGGAAUAGGAAAUUCACCACAUCAAGGUAAAAAAAUGAUGACGACUUCCGUUGAACGUUCAUCGAGGAAAAGUCCUUCGCAUUUGUGUACGAAUUCGACGACGAGUUUAACGAAGGUGACGUAA